AUGGAUAUAGACUACAUCAACUGGACAUCAAGCCUGCCUGAUCUGUUGUCAAAUUCCACAUUUCCUAUAUCUUCAUGUAAUGACACAUUGGAUGAAAGCAUAGACUGCACCCCUCGACCUAAUUUGGAACUUUGGAUUUUUCUGAUUCCUUCGGCAUUCUGCAGCAUUGUCACCUUGUUAAUGAAUCCACUAAUUCUGUUUAUCAUUCUAAUGAAUAGCAAGUUGAGGAAAGAGACAAGGUAUCAGCUUCUGGCAAACGUGAUGAUCUCUGAUCUCAUCUUUCUCUUAUUUAAUACCAUCAUUUCUACGUGCAACACCAUUGGUUGGUAUAUGCACCGGAUCAUAUGCUUCACGCUGAUUGUCUUUACGUUUGCUGCCUACACUAGCUGCGUUUUGACAGUUACAAUGAUGGUGAUCGACACGUACAUCGCUAUUUGUUUUCCUCUGCAUUACCACGCACUUCUGUCUCUUUCAAGAAUAAAGAAGGUGUUAUUGGGAAUCUGGAUUUUUUCAUCCGUUUUCCCCCUAGCUAUAUUUUUACUAAGUCAGACAUUUGAUGGGAACCCAUUAGAAAGACAAGAUAUGUGUCUCAUGUUAUAUUAUGGAAAUGACGAGAAGAAAAACUAUUUAGUCACUGUAGUUUGUGCCCUUUCGUUAUUUUUUUUGUUUCUUUGCUCUAUCAUGAUCAUCUAUUUUUACAUAAAGCUAUACAACAUUACCAAACAGUCAGGAAUUUGGGUGAAUCGAUUUUCUCGAGCCAAACUUACAUUAAUGAUGCACUCUGUCCUCCUCUGCUUAUACAUUAUACCUGCUUGUGUUCUGUCUGCGGAAAUCAUGAUGUUUAAAAACAAUAUGAUUGGAAUAGAUGCAAGAAUGUGGAUGUCGGCUUUUAACAACAGCAUGGUAAUGAUGAUGCCGCGAGCUCUCACUCCAUUAGUGUACGGCCUUCGAUACAGAGAAUUAGCUUGUACAAUCAAAAAUCUCUUUUCUUGUAACAAAGUGAGUCACAUUGGUACAGAUUGCUGA